AUGGCCUCCAGCGCAAGCAGAAGCAGCUCAGAAUCACUCGAGCCACCACCGUACGCAAUACUCCCAUGGAAAUUUCACCCACCCGACAGCCUGUUGCCCACCAAAGUCUCUCAAGAGGCUGAGUAUGACUACCACGGGAAUUUUUCUGUCGAUCGAGUCGCACACAUCGCCGCCUCUGUCAUCCGUCUAACUACGGAUGCGAGCUUCACCGGCAUGGAAGAGGUGGCCAAGGAAUUCAUCACUAUUGCAGAACAGGACACUACCAGACGAGCCUGCCCAGCAAAAAAGCCAUACAUCACAGAGGCGGUCUGGGUGAACAUCCGAAUCCGGCCUGCAUCGAGGGAGUGGCAAACGCCGAAUUGGCAUCGUGACUAUGUGCCCUUUGAAUGCAGAUGCGCCCCCGAGGGAAGUCCGGACAGGACACACACCAAGUACAUCUUCACCUUACUCGGGCCUCACUUGGAGGUCUGCAAACCUGACUUUCUAGCGGAUUUUGCGUUUGAAUCUGUGGGUUUCAUAAAAAACUUGAGCACGGGGGCGAGGAGGCAACGUUUGGGUGAACGCAUGAGGGAGAUGGACAAGGAGAAGAUUCAGCCACAGCAUUAUAUUCGAUUUGACAUGGGGAAACGGACUAGGUCUCCAAUUUAUACUGAGCCGGACAUAACGGACUCGGAAAGCAUUCUCGUUAGUGUCAUGUUUGGAAGCGCGGUGGAGAUCAGGGACAUGUGUAGGUUGAGAGGGUUAUAUUUCUGGGAGCUUGAUGAAUCCAACGGACCAAAUGACUGCGAUGAACCCGAUGGUUGCGAUGGAUUAACUAAGUUUCAUGGAUUAAUCGAACAAAAUAACGAGAUGGGUCAAAUGAUCACGAUAAAUGAACUAAGCCCGAGCGAUGAAGCAUUCCAGUCGACCGAAAUGAGCGCAAUGGACGUGAUGGACGCGAUGGACCAGAUGAAAGCCGCAACGCCGCAACCUGGUCGAAUGAGAUGGGCCAGAUGGACCGAGUGUACAAACAUCGACGAAGAGAAGGAUUGA